ACUAGUAAUACUACACUGCACACACUGUAUAAAUUCUUCAGCACCAUAACCCAGCACUCACCAUGGCUUUCAAGAUCAAGAACCUCCCAUCUUUCUUUCUUCUUCUUCUUGUUCAAAGCAUGUUCUUUGAGGUGGUAAUCAGCAUUGAAAAUGGUAUAAACAGCACCGGAGGGCACUGGGUGGAGCUGCAGCGCAGCAUAGGCAUCUCCGCCAUGCACAUGCAAGUAAUGUACGACAACAAGGUCGUAAUCUUCGACCGCACCGACUUCGGCCCCUCCAACAUCUCCCUCUCCCACCACCGCUGCCGCUUCAACCCCCACGACCUCGCCCUCAAGCUCGACUGCACCGCCCACUCCGUCCUCUACGACCUCUCCCACAACACCCUCCGCCCACUCACCCUCCGCACCGACGCCUGGUGCUCCUCCGGAGCUCUCACCCCCGACGGCUCCCUCCUCCAGACUGGCGGCUUCAACGACGGCUACACCACCCUCCGCUCCUUCACCCCCUGCCCCCAACACAACACCUGCGACUGGCGCGAACUUCGGAACCACAGCCUCUCCAACAGCCGCUGGUACUCCUCCAACCAAAUCCUUCCCUCGGGGAAAAUCAUCGUCGUCGGUGGCCGCAACUCCUUCACCUACGAAUUCGUCCCCAAAAACGACGUCGCCUCCUCCUCCUUCCACUACCUCCCCUUCUUGAAACACACGCGUGACCCCAACCGCGGCGAGGAGAACAAUCUUUACCCCUUCUUGCACCUCUUACCAGACGGAAACCUCUUCAUCUUCGCCAACCGCAACUCCAUCCUCUUCGACUAUACCACCAACAAGGUCCUCCGCAACUUCCCCACCAUCCCCGGCCAAGAAAAAAGAAACUACCCCAGCACAGCCUCCUCCGUCCUCCUCCCGUUAAACCUAACGGCGCUCAACGGAACGCGUUUGCCAGACGCCGAAAUUAUGAUAUGCGGCGGGGCCUACCCCGGCGCGUUUAGCUUGGCCAACACGUUGAAGAUCUUUCUAGAAGCUUCCAGAACGUGCGGGAGGUUGAGGGUGACGGAUUCGAACCCUGUAUGGGUCAUGGAAACCAUGCCCACCCCGAGGGUUAUGCCUGACAUGGUUUUGCUUCCCAAUGGGAAUGUCAUUAUCUUGAACGGUGCAAUGAAUGGGACCGCCGGGUGGGAGAACGCCGCCAACCCGGUUUUGCAUCCGGUUUUGUAUAGACCCGGUUUGGUUGACCAGUUUCAGAGGUUUCAGUUACUGGCGCCGGCGAGUACUCCGAGGAUGUAUCACUCGUCCGCUGUGUUGGUGCCAGAUGGCAGGGUUUUAGUGGGAGGGAGCAACCCGCAUAGGGUUUAUGAUUUUCGGGCAAACCCGUACCCGACGGAGUUGAGUUUGGAUGCGUAUUACCCGGAGUAUUUGGGGACCGAGUUUGACUCGCUGCGGCCGUCGAUAGUUGCUGUUGAGGCUUCGAACAAUACGGCGUCGUAUGGGAGGGCGUUUGCGGUGAAUUUUUUGCUACGGGAGUACCGUGUGGGAGGGGUGGGCGUGACGCUGGUGGCGCCGUCAUUUACCACGCACUCGUUUGCAAUGAACCAGAGGUUGCUUGUGCUGGAGGUGGUGGGGAUUCAGCAGGUGGCGCCGUCAGGGUACAAAGUGGUGGCGCGUGCGCCUCCCUCGCUGGCUGUGGCGCCGCCUGGGUUCUACAUGCUUUUUAUUGUGCACGCCGGAGUUCCAAGCGCUGCAGUUUGGGUUCAGGUGAAGUGAGUUUGAAAUGAAAAUUAUGGUUUAGACGGAAACUGUUUGAGGAAAUUGAAUUACUGGUUUUUAGUGGUUCAUGCAUGUGGGUCUGUAGAGGGUGGGAGUGUUUGAGGUUUUGACUUGGACCAUUAUUCUUUUACAUCCUUUAAUUCCCAUUUCAUGUUACCUUGGGAAUUUUCUAUUCUAUUUAACAUAUCCAUCACUUUUGGUCAAUCUUAUUUCAUCACUCAGUUUUUAUUUUU